AUGCGACGCCCAGACCGCAGUCAUUCUCUCCUAUCACCCGCAAAUUAUGACAACGAUGCGUCUUCGUUGCGGUCGCCCUCCGAGCAGGAUUCGGAUUCCGAUGACGAUGCCCUUCUCGACCAAAACCGCAGCACCAUGGAACUAGCGGAGCACGACCGCGCAGUGCUAGAAGAUGAGGAUGAACUCGAAAACCUUUUGACCCGUCGUGGUGCCGGGCAAGGAAUACGGAGGAUAUUCAGCCCCCUUGAAGGCAGUGUGAAAAUUGGAAAGAAACCCAAAGGACGGCGGUCGCGGCGGGGAUCCCGCCGUGAGCGAGUCAGCGAGGAUGGCGAGCUGAUGUAUGAGAUGGAGGAGGGAAUCGGUGAUGACAACGCCUCUCUGCUGAGUGGUUCAACACUGGACAGCGACGAGAAGGACGAAUACACAUACGAGCCGCCAUCACGGCCUUCGUGGCGAAAAAUACUCUUCAUCUCCGCUCUUGUGCUCGUGCUAUUUUUGAUCCUCGUCCUCGGGGCCUACAAAGCUUCUAAUGGCUUCCGUGCGAUGCGCGCUCACCCUCCUCCGCCCUUACUCUCAAACGGCACCGCGCUGUUCGCACCGACUACUAUCCUGAUCUCUCUCGAUGGCUUCCGCGCCGAUUUCCUUGACCGGGGCUUGACCCCAGCUCUCAACUCUCUCGUCGCAAGCGGCGUCUCACCACAAUACAUGAACCCCAGCUUCCCGAGUGUGACUUUUCCAAAUCACUUCACACUUAUGACUGGGCUCUAUCCGGAGAGCCACGGAAUCGUGGGCAACACGUUCUGGGACCCAAAGAUGAAUGAGGAUUUCUACUACACCCAUCCUGAGGUCAGCAUGCAACCAAAGUGGUGGAUGGCUGAGCCGCUCUGGGUGACUGCUGAGAAGCAACGGGUGAAGACCGCCAUUCACAUGUGGCCUGGGUCAGAAGCACACAUUGGAGACAAAGAGCCGACAUUUGUGGACAAGUACAACGGCACAGAAGUCUUGUCCCGGAAGGUCAAUCGCAUCUUUGAAUUUUUGGAUCUCCCAGGGCUUGAAGAUGACUCGCAACUGGUACCCGAGCGGCCGCAAUUUAUCGCGGCUUACGUUCCAGACGUGGAUCGUGACGGGCAUAAGUUUGGCCCCAAUAGCACGGAAAUCCGAACAACGAUAUCGCAUGCCGAUAGCAUGAUUGCUGAGCUAAUGGCCGGCUUGAACCAGCGAAACUUGACCGAGGUGGUUAACAUCGUAGUUGUUUCCGACCACGGGAUGGCCUCUACAUCUACCGAGAGGCUGAUUCAGCUGGAUGAUCUGAUUGAUUAUGAUCUGAUUGAACAUAUUGAUGGAUGGCCAUCCAGCGGUCUGCGACCCAAGCGACCAGAAGACCUGGAGGUCCUUCAGAAGCAGUUGGAAAAGGUUGCACCUGAAUGGGAGCAUGCCUUUGAGUUUUACACCCGAGAUACCAUGCCUGAGCGGUAUCACUUUGCUAGCAACGAUCGCAUUGCGCCGCUGUGGGUUAUUCCUAAAACCGGCUGGGCCAUUGUCGAUCGGUCCGAGUUCAAUGUCAAAGAGGCCUUGAAGAAUGGGGAUGUCUAUCACCCACUCGGAAUCCAUGGGUAUGACCAUGAAAAUCCGUUGAUGCGGGCAAUUUUUGUUGCCCGCGGUCCAGCCUUCCCGCACAAGGCCAACAGCCGAGUCGAACCCUUCCAAAAUGUCGAGGUCUAUAAUAUCAUCUGUGACUCUUUGGGAGUGGAUCCUCUCCCAAGCAAUGGAACGCUGCGUCUCCCAUUGAAGCCAGUGGGCCUUCACUCCGACGAAAAUACCCCCGUGCUAGAAACUCCUGCGGAUCCACCUGCUCAGACGACAACAGCGGAAGGGCCAUCGGCACAAACACCGGCGUCAUCAACACAGCCCACCAACUCACCAAGCGAGUCCCCGACUGCAGAUGAUAAGAGCGACAGCGGCAAGGGUGGAAGCUGGUGGGACAGUCUUUGGGACAAAGUCGAUGAUAUCAAAGAUUGGGCUGGAGGUGUCGCAGAUGCUAUCAAGGGCAACCAUCCGCACUCUGAUAAGUAG